AUGACUCCACAUAUUCUGUCUCGCCUGCUCUGCAGACCCUCGGACUCUAAGAGACCAGUCAAUCGAUUCAUCCCUCUUUCUGAUGCAUCCUACUCUACAAGACCAUUUAUCACAAUUAUCACUCCUUCUGUUGUCGAUCAAGGGAACAACCGUUCUCCUUUCGCCCUAGAUCAGCUCCCUGAUCCGGUGACAGCCCUCAUUAUUGAAUUCCUCCCAAUAUCCAAUAAGGGUGAUCUCCACAGCUUGACUUUGUGCUCCAAAGACACUUAUCGAAUGUUCAGCCCCCUUCUAUACAAAUCGAUCAAAAUCAACAAGAACAACGUUAAAUCGGUUUUCUAUGGGUUUAAAGCAAGGAAGGCAAUGGAUCUCAAGCCGUCAAAAUCUGCUUUGCUUAGAAAAGUAGAAAGACUUUUUAUUGAAGAUCUUCAAGCUGCUCAAGCUAUUGCACAGGUUCUUGAUCCCUCAAACCUCCAACUCCACCAUGUGCCGGGCAUUUGCAUACCCAAUAAACCAUCUAGAAGUGCCUUCCCUUCAGUCCGAUACGUUUCUUUCGGCGCAGCUUUUGGAUCAAGUGAUUCGGGCCAGAUCGAACCACUCAUCGCAGUCCUUGCUUCUUUCCUGAACCCGGUACAUGUAUGCGUCACCGCACCUACUCAUCUCGAGGGAUACAAUCCAAGAGUUCACAGCUGGAGCAUCGAAGAGAUUUGGCAUUGCUUGGUCACUUGGAACGUGAAAUCCCUGACAGGACAUGAACUGGAUUACAAUCUAAUAAACGCAAAUCUCGAGCUUGUAAAUGUCCCUUGUCUCCCUUCUAAUUACUACACACCUCACAAUCUGGCGAUGCUCAAGAAGAAAUCCAUGGAUCGGUGUAACGACUAUGAUGAGUAUCCCAUGACGUUCGAUCAGAUUGCUCAAGCUUAUGCGAAUGCUUCAGAUUGGGUGAAGAACAAAUUUGCUGUGAAGACCAGGAUGGAAGCUGAAGAAUGUAUCUGUUGUGGUGAUAAGUGA